UACGUUACCGUAGACACUUUGGUGGACACGGCCCUCUCUCAAAGUUCCUGGGGGAAGAGGGAAGGAACCCGGACAAACCCAAGGAAAGGGGCCAAGAUUGUUCUCGGAGGAUAAAUACUUACCUGUAAUUCACCCCAGGGAAGAUUAUUGUCAAACCAAGUGAAAAGGGUGCUACACGGAAAACCAAGGUCUUGACUGCCCGAGAACGUCAGAAAAUAAAGAAAAUGGCGGAGCCGGACAAAUUAAACAUCGACUCUAUAAUUCAGCGUCUCUUGGAAGUCAAGGGCUCUCGACCAGGGAAGAAUGUCCAGCUGACAGAGGGUGAGAUCCGUGGCCUUUGCCUGAAGUCCCGUGAAAUCUUCUUGAGCCAGCCAAUCCUGCUCGAACUAGAGGCGCCCCUCAAAAUCUGCGGCGAUGUCCAUGGCCAGUACUAUGAUCUGCUCCGGCUGUUUGAAUAUGGAGGCUUCCCCCCAGAAAGCAACUACCUGUUCCUUGGAGACUACGUAGACAGAGGGAAGCAGUCACUGGAGACCAUCUGCCUGCUUCUAGCCUACAAGAUCAAAUAUCCAGAGAACUUUUUCCUUCUGCGGGGAAACCAUGAAUGCGCCUCUAUUAAUCGUAUCUAUGGCUUUUAUGACGAGUGUAAGCGACGGUAUAACAUUAAGCUGUGGAAGACCUUCACAGACUGCUUCAACUGUUUACCUGUGGCGGCCAUUGUAGAUGAGAAAAUCUUCUGCUGUCAUGGAGGCCUCUCUCCUGACCUCCAGUCUAUGGAGCAGAUCCGCAGAGUAAUGCGACCCACAGACGUGCCGGACCAGGGUCUGUUGUGUGACCUGCUGUGGGCCGAUCCAGACAAAGAUGUGCUUGGCUGGGGUGAAAACGACCGCGGCGUCUCCUUCACAUUUGGAGCGGAUGUGGUGGCCAAAUUUUUGCACAAACAUGACAUGGACCUAAUAUGCAGGGCGCAUCAGGUGGUAGAAGAUGGUUAUGAGUUUUUCGCAAAGAGGCAGCUCGUCACCUUAUUCUCGGCUCCCAACUACUGUGGAGAGUUUGACAAUGCCGGCGCCAUGAUGAGUGUGGAUGAAACACUCAUGUGCUCCUUCCAGAUUCUGAAGCCAGCCGAUAAGAAAUUGUAUCCUUAUGGCGGAGGAGGAGGAAUGGGAUCUGGGAGACCGGUCACCCCGCCGCGAAAUUCAGCCAAGGCUGCCAAGGCCAAGAAAUAACAGCCGCUGGAUCCCCCUCCCUCAACCUGCCACCCUGCUGUCUACCCAACUCUUCUUUCCUCUACCUCCCAAACUUGUUCUCCCUCGUCACCAAACGGCAACAAAGCAGACAAGUGUCCAGGGUUCAAUCAUGUUUUUUCUCUCUGAAACAAACUGUUGGUUUGGCUGUUUGCGUGCACUCUUUUGUGUGAGUGUUUAAUCAAAAAAAGUGAGAAUGAUACAGAGGGAAAUGCUGUAUUCUGUAUGUAUGUUUUUUUUCUUUCUUCCUCUUAUUCCUCUGUUCAUUUUUCCUUGUCAUUUUGUAGAGCUGGGUUCUUCUUCCCGCUCUGUGAUGUAUAUUCAAACCUGGGGGCAGUGGAGGAGGGAAGGGGGCAAAGAGAAAGAGGAGCCUUAGCUGUUUAUGUUAAGGCCCCGCACUGUUUAAUGCUAAACACAAGCUUUUGUACAUCCUGUUUCAGAGGUUUGUGUAUGUCUGUGUGAUGGGUGGGGGGGGGGGGAUCAAGUUGCACACUCAAAUGGUAACUGCACAUACCACACACUGGGUGCACAGGUGGACAUAUGUGCAGGUGAACCCUUGAAUGAAAUGGAUUCACAUGAAAUAAUACUUUUUUUUCUUCUCUUCCCUUUUUCAAAAACCAAUGAUUUGAGAACGCAGACAUGGAUGUGAAAUAGUUUUGCUUCUUCCAUUUCUUUUUUGUAGAUACAUGAAACCUACAUGGUUGAUUUCUUUCUUUUUGUUCUUGUUUUUAGUUCACUGAAAUUACAAGAUGAAUAAAAUAACCAUUUAUUUGAAUUAUGCCAUCACGCCGCUCACUCUGUUUGCCGUUGCUUUCGUGUUUGUCAGCAACCUUUGCCAUCAAGCAUAGUGGCUGCGCUUGUCAUUGAGUGUGGUAGCUUAAUCUGACAAUACAGCAGCUUAAAGAGAUGUCUUAUGAAUAGGACCCACUCAAAUAUAGACACUGAAAAGUAUCAUUUUAGUCCAGUUUAGUUUAUAGUUCUAACAAAGGGUAAUUUCACAUGGUUCUUUAGUGUAAUCUACUCAAAGAUGUAGGACAGAACAGGUGGUCUUAGAACCAGAUGUUGCCUGUUUUUAUCACAAUACUUUGAACUAGAAUCUUGACUAUGAUUAUGGAGAACACGUGGUUAAUAAUCUUCAGCGGGAGGACUAGGAAGUUAAUAUUUUCUGGCUUUUAAGCCGUAUUAAACUUUUACAACAGCAUACUCAAGAUACCUGAGCUGAAAGUGGAUAGAAGGUUCUCCCCAUAGUCCCAGGGCGAGGAGAUAGUGAAUCAUUGUCCAAGUGCUCUAGUCAAGAAGAGCAUCAUACAAAUAAAGAUUGGGUUUCUUUUUAUUUGAACCCACUGAAUGAGGCUAGAACUGGGAACAUAAGCCCUGAAGGCAGCAGAGUUUGGACGGAACUAUUAUACUUUUUAUUUCUAAAAAGAGUUGCAGAUGACCCUUUAAACUUAAUAGGGAAUAAUAUUAAGUAAAUGUUUCACUAUUAAAGUUCCCAAAGCAAUAAUAUACAGAAAAUCCAAAAUAAAUCUAGAUGACAUUUUUUGUCGGCAACAUCAGGUAAUAACCAGGAGAACAGCUACUGUACAUGCAUUAGUAAAUCAUUUUUAAUGCUUAUUAGAUUGUGCUUUGUGAACAUUUUUUGCGAUAAUAUGGAAGUGCUUGCAUUGCUUGUGACGGCAGUCAUCAUCUUUGAGUUGCUUUCUUUUUGCAGCUUGUUGUUGGAAAAAGCAUAAAGACCCAUAGACAGAAUAAAUUAAAUACUUAAGAAAUGAAUCAAAGUGGACACUGUGACAACUGUCACCCCCAAACAACGCAGCCAACCUAAAUUCAGACUCAAAAAUACAUUUUUUUCUUAUUGAAACAGGAUUUAAAAAAUACAUUCCGUCGUGUACAGAAUAAUGCCAUAAGCAGGCCAUUUUGCUUUCCUUUUUCUGUGCAUUAAGUUGGCAUACAGGUUGUCCCCAUUGAAAGCAUUCCAUAGUUCAGCGCUGGCUGUUGCAACUGGUGAAAAUAUUAAUUUAUACAGUGUUUCAGGGUGUCUCACUGCCCAUUUCUAAUGAACCAAACACAGUUUUCCUCCAUUACAUAUAUAGUUUGUCUGGUUUUAUUUGUCUGCUGUCUGUCCUCAUUCCUCUGUCCAAGUGUGAGCACAUGCCACAGCAGCGUUCCAGAUUGCAGAGGCCGUAAACAUUGUCAAGUUGAGUGCAAGGCAUACGCACAUACGCAAGCAGAGGGUGGGGAAGCUGUUUUUCAGCUGUCUGCCUGCCCCAUACAAUAAGACCAACUCAGGAAGUGAAAUUUAAAAUAAAAUGAAUGGUAUGAGGAAAUCUUAUUUUGUAUUCAAAUAGUAAGUAAUAACAUUCAUAUUUACCAGUCGGAUGACUUGUCGUUUAUGUUCAAUUUAAAUAAGUUGAGCCCAACUGUGGCGUGGUGAGUCCAUUAGGGAACAAUGUUCACAGUGAUUUGUUAGUUUAAAGGUCAUUUUGAUUUGUUAAUAAUACAGGCCCGCCUUUUGUAAAUACAGUUGAUAUGAUUGUCUAACGGAUCUGAAAAUGUACAGAAAUAUCUGACGGUAAAAUAUUUUAGAAUAAUAGGAAAUGAAGGCAUGGGUGUUAUAAUUUUGUGGAGAACGUCUCCAAUGGAGAGAUUGUGUCUUCAACAAUGAGGAGACUCCUUUAAGAGAAAAUAGUGAAACACUGUUGAAUUGUACAUUUCAGUCUUCUGAAAAAAUUGUCCAAAAAUGGCCACUAUAAUUCCCAUUUUCAAAGCUGUACAAACCUCUGCUUAAAGCAUUGUUACUCUAUGUUUAAUGUUGGUAUUUCCACAAAAUUAUCUGGUCUUUAACUACUUUUUCGUUCAUUAAUUUUACUCAAUUCAAUGCUAAAUACCGCAAGCUUAUUAGUGUAGGAUUUUUUUAAUCAAUCAGGGAUGUUUUGCACCAUGCACUGUUGCUAGGUAGAUAUUAUAAUGAGGGAAAAGAAACAAUAGAAAUUAACAGUAUUUUUUAUUUGAAUCACAAGUUGUGUCUGUUACAAGGUAAAAAUAAAACAUAGAAUUUG